AUGGUUCGCAAAAGGGCGGCCAGGAUUCCGGCACGUUACAGGUGUGUGCGCUGCCAAGUGAUUCGGCAACGACGGCGAAAACGAGCGAUCCGUCGGGACGGUGUCGAGAGUGUUGUUGACGACGGCGAUAAGGAGAUGAAAAUUAAUAUUCUGACGGUCUGCAUUGAUCGACCGGCGAUCAGUAGCGGUCAACGAUACCUCGGCCAUGUUCGGCGUGUGAUUGUUAUAUCACGGAGAAUACGUCCGGACGUGCUAGCGGGAUCGACGAAAACAGUUGGAAAACACGGACCUGUGGAUCGGCAGCGGCGGAAUGUGGUUGUGUCCUUCGGACCUGUUGUGAUGCGCCGUCGAUAA